AUGAAAUACCUCAUCCAUUUUUCUCAGCAGCAUGAGUCGUUCUGGCUGCCCGAACUGGACACCUUGUUGGAGCUGAACGGUGUGGAGCCGGCGGCGGCGUACGAUCAUGAUACGGCCUGGGCCAUCGUAUCCCGGGGACACAAGACAAGCCCCUUCCUCGUGGUGGAGGUGCCAUCCGAGGAGGUCGUUGUCGCUGUGGCGGCAAGGGCAAUACUCAUUCGCAAGGUGUUGGAGCUAUGGGGCGAGGGGGAUACGCCGGAGGAGGCGGCCGAAGCCGUGAAAAAGUUCCCGGAAGAAAUCAAGCGACCCUUCUUCGCCGAGGACGUCACCUGGUCCGUUACGGUGGGGUCCGCCGGCUACUCCGUCAAGCUGCAGGAGCAGGAGCGGUUGAGGAUGAUGUUCUCCUUCCUGCCAUUCAAGGGGCGCGUGAGGCUGCGGAAUCCGCAGCACCUCUUCCAGGUGUUUGGCGACUACGAGUCGGAGGACGAGUACCGAGAGGGACGGCUGCCCGAGCACGUGUACUUCGGAAGGGAAGUCGCCCAGGGCAACCGCGACCUGGUGGCCGCGUUCGACCUGAAGAAGAGGCCCUACCUGGGACCGACCUCCAUGGACAACGAGCUGGCGCUGGUGAUGGCCAACAUGGCCCUCGUCGGGAAGGGCAAGCUUUGCUUCGACCCCUUCGUGGGGACCGGCUCGAUAUUGGUGGCUUGCGCGCACUUUGGGGGGGUUUGCGUGGGAACGGACAUCGACGUCCGCGUCCUGAAGGGAAAGAAAGGGAGGAACGUCUUCACGAACUUCGACAAGUAUGGGCUGCCACGUCCGGAGCUUGUUCGGUCGGACAACGCGCUCUAUGGGAGACAUUUUCGCGUCAUGGAGCUCUACGACUGCAUCGUCACGGACCCGCCGUACGGGAUCAGGGCUGGUGCGCGCAAGUCUGGGCGGGAGGGGGAGGCUCGCAUCGUCAAGCCGGACGAGAGGUUCGACCACAUGCCGCACACGCAGCACUACCCCGUGGAAGAUGUCUUGGUCGAUCUCCUAGAGGUGGCGGCCCAGACCCUCGCGCUGGGCGGGCGGCUGUGCUACCUCUUGGCGUCGACUUGGGAGUUCGACCUGCAGAGGGACCUGCCUCGGCACCCCUGCCUGGAGCUGUCCCACCACAGCAUGCAGGGCUUGACGCAGCUACUCUGCCGGCGUCUGAUCACGAUGACCAAGACGUGCCGGUACGACCCCCUCCGACGAGAAGAGUACAUCGCGGCGUGCCGCCUACACCAGACGAGCGGCGAGCGAGGGAGCGCUUUCGCGGCGGCGGCGGCGGCUGCAACGGAGGAAGAUGGCGGCUUCCGGCAGCGGCAACAGCAACAGCAGGCAGGGGAGGUUCGCUCUCGUACACCACCGCUAGCUCCCGGUGCUGCUGGUACUGCUGUAGGAGCUAGCGGCGGCAACGCUGCUGCUGAUGCUGCUGCUGCUGCUGCCGAUGGUCUGACGUCCGUGCUCCCCAGGGAGAGAACCAAGCAGAUGACGAGGCGCGGGGAGCUCACCUCGGGCAACGUCUGGUACGCCGCCAUGGGAAACAGCCGGGGCGGCGGCGGCGGUAGUGGUUCUUCUCCCUCUAACACAACAAGUAGUCGCGGCCGCCAGACCGCGAGUAAUAAUAAUGGUAGCGGGGGUUGUGGUGGUGAGGUAGGAGGUGGGACCCCCGCGGGUGGUAGGGAAGGUGGCGGAAUUGCUACGGAGGGGGAGGUGUUGGAGGGGGGUGGGGCGCGCAAGAGCGGCGAAGACAGCGGCGGCGAUGGGGAUACCGUGGGGGUGGACAGGGUUACUAUGACGAUACCCGGCUAGGCCUGUAGUGCAUACAUCUGCGGAUACCUUGUGUUUGCGGGCGUUUAUGCUUGCACUUUAUUUUAGCUACGACACGCCGGCUUUUAUUUGAUCGCUACGAAGUACAGGCUUGCCAGCGGCUAGGAACCCAUCACGAGAAGUGCGCGAGGAAUCAACGUUCACGCAUGUUCUCCAGUUUCUGUUUUUACCACACCGUACAUAACCGCAGGAGGUGGUCCAGCCCCCCCCUCCUAUGUGACC